UCAUCACAAAGCAAAUCCAACCCGCUCUCUCUCACUCUCUCAAAUCAGACUAGGUCAUUUUUAGGGUUAGGGUUAGGGUUUCGUCGUUAAAUUUGUGUGUGAUUUUCGCCGCCGGAUUCAGAAAAUGAGUGGAAAGGAAGGUGGGUCGACUAAGGGUGGCAGAGGCAAGCCGAAGGCCACCAAGUCUGUGUCCAGGUCAAGCAAAGCCGGGCUUCAAUUUCCGGUGGGUAGGAUCGCCCGGUUUCUCAAGUCCGGCAAGUAUGCCGAGCGUGUCGGCGCCGGAGCUCCGGUUUAUCUCUCUGCCGUGCUUGAAUACCUGGCAGCUGAGGUUUUGGAGCUUGCUGGCAACGCAGCUAGAGACAACAAGAAGAAUCGUAUUGUACCGAGGCACAUUCAGCUUGCGGUGAGGAAUGACGAGGAGCUAAGCAAGCUUUUGGGGUCUGUGACUAUUGCCAAUGGAGGAGUUUUGCCCAACAUUCACCAAACUCUUUUGCCUAAGAAGGUUGGGAAAGGCAAGGGCGAUAUCGGAUCCGCUUCUCAGGAGUUUUAGGGUUCUCUUUGUGUUUAUCUCCUUGUAUGGAGAUGUUUAGUUACCUCAGUUGUAAAAUACCAUGGGUUUUGUUAGAGUUUUCUCUGAACCUUGUUGUUCUGGUGCUUGGGAUCUUAUGCUAUAAAUGAAUGGUUCUGCUAAAUUGAAUCUGGUUUUAGUCAUUUUGGUCUU